AUGGCCAAUGAGAAUCACGGAAGCCCUGCGGAGGAAGCGUCUCUCAUGAGUCACUCACCUGGCACCUCCAACCAGAACCAGCCCAGCUCCCCCAAACCUAUGCGACUGGUUCAGGACCUGCCAGAUGAGCUGGUGCAGGCUGGCUGGGAGAAGUGCUGGAGCAAGCGAGAGAAUCGCCCUUACUACUUCAAUCGCUUCACUAACCAGUCUCUGUGGGAAAUGCCUGUUCUGGGGCAGCACGAUGUCAUUUCAGACCCUCUGGGAUUGAAUGCAGCUCCAAUGCCACUGGAAGGUGGGAUGAUAGAUACCUCUGUGGAGAACAAGCAGAGGAAGAGGAGAUUCUCUGAGGAGGUUCCACCAAGCGGCAACAGUGUGAAGAAGCCCAAGGUGGACAUCCCGGGGAACCCAGCUGCUCAGCCAGUGCCCAGCUCUCCCAGUAUUCCAGGAACCUCUGUUUUGAAGGCAUGGUGUGUUUCACCCGAAGAUAAACAGCAGGCAGCUCUUUUACGACCAACUGAAGUAUAUUGGGACCUGGAUAUUCAGACAAAUGCAGUGAUUAAGCAGAGAGCACCAUCUGAAGUGCUUUCUCCACACCCCGAGGUGGAGCUGCUUCGAUCCCAACUCAUUCUCAAACUGCGGCAACAUUACCGUGAGCUCUGCCAGCAGCGAGAAGGGAUUGACCCUCCAAGGGAGUCCUUUAAUCGCUGGAUGUUGGAGAGGAAGGUGGUUGAUAAAGGGACAGAUCCUCUUCUACCUAGUGACUGCGAGCCAGUAGUGUCUCCUUCCAUGUUCAGAGAGAUCAUGAAUGACAUUCCCAUCAGGUUAUCCAGAAUCAAGUUCCGGGAGGAAGCCAAGAGACUGCUCUUCAAGUAUGCCGAGGCUGCAAAACGGCUGAUUGAAUCCAGGAGUGCUUCACCAGACAGCAGGAAGGUGGUGAAGUGGAAUGUGGAGGACACCUUCAGCUGGCUGCGACGGGACCAUUCUGCCUCUAAGGAGGACUACAUGGACCGCCUGGAGCACUUACGCAAGCAGUGUGGGCCCCACGUGUCUGCUGCAGCAAAGGACUCUGUUGAAGGCAUCUGCAGUAAGAUUUACUACAUAUCCCUUGAAUACGUCAAGCGGAUCCGGGAGAAGCAUCUUGCCAUCCUCAAAGAGAACAAUAUAUCUGCUGAGGUGGAAGCUCCUGAAGUCCAGGACAGGCUCGUAUACUGCUACCCAGUGAGACUGGCCAUCCCCUCCCCACCACUCCCCAGCGUGGAAAUGCACAUGGAAAACAACGUGGCGUGUGUGCGGUACAAGGGGGAGAUGGUGAAAGUGAGCCGCAACUACUUCAGCAAGCUGUGGCUUCUCUACCGGUACAGCUGCAUUGACGACUCUGGCUUUGAAAAGUUUCUGCCCAGGGUUUGGUGCCUUCUCCGCCGAUACCAGAUGAUGUUCGGUGUGGGUCUGUAUGAAGGAACUGGUCUGCAGGGGGCACUUCCCGUGCACGUCUUCGAAGCCCUCCACAAGCUCUUUGGAGUGAGUUUUGAAUGCUUUGCCUCGCCCCUGAACUGCUAUUUUAAACAAUACUGUUCGGCCUUCUUGGAUACAGACGGGUAUUUUGGAUCCAGGGGCCCGUGCCUGGAUUUCUUUCCUAUAAGUGGCUCUUUUGAGGCAAAUCCUCCGUUCUGCGAGGAGCUGAUGGAUGCCAUGGUCUCUCACUUUGAGAAACUGCUGGAGAACUCCAGUGAGCCCCUCUCCUUUAUUGUCUUCAUCCCCGAGUGGCGGGACCCUCCCACACCAGCCCUGACGCGCAUGGAGCAGAGCAAGUUCAAGCGGCACCAGCUCAUCCUGCCAGCCUUUGAUCACGAGUACCGCAGCGGGUCUCAGCACGUCUGCAAAAAAGAGGAGAUGUACUACAAGGCCGUGCACAACACAGCCGUCCUCUUCCUGCAGAACAGCGCCGGCUUUGCCAAGUGGGAGCCCACGCCGGAGCGGCUGCAGGAGCUCAUUGCAGCCUACAAGCAUUCAGGCCGGACCCUCAGCUUCUCCUCCUCCUCAUCGUCAUCCUCCUCCUCCUCCUCCUCCUCCUCCACAGCGGACAAAGAGCGGGAGCUGGGCCGAGAGCAAAGCAGCAGCCGGGAGACGAACCCCAACUAA